AUGAUUGAAUUUAAAAGAUUCCAACGCUGUGCUGAUUGUGUGCAAAUAAUUAGAUGGGUGUGUGAGUUGGAGAAGAGUGUUCGUGCAGGGAGGAAGGUUGAGGAGAAAGAAUUUGUUGUCUUGACAGAGCUGCUUAUGGUGCAGCCGCUGAAACUCGAUGGCAUAGAGGCAGAGGGAAAAGCAAGGGCACAAAGGAAGGCAGAGGUACAUUCCCUCGCUGUUACUUUCCAAACCUUAUUAGUUUGGCAACGCAGUUUUUGCAAAACCAUAGUAUUACAAAACCUCAAUAUUUUAAUGUGUGGGCAAAUUCUUUAG